AUGCUUUCGAAUCCCUUGCCUCAAAGCAUUGCCGUACCAGCACGUGUUCCUGUCUUCUUAACGAAAUUGCUCAACGAUGUUUCGCAAAGCCCGUGUGCGGCCAAAAUCAAGCGGUUAUCCGACGUGAUGCAAGGACUCCUCAGCAACGCGGAGCUAAUUCAGCUUCUUCCAAAUGACUUGAUGGAAUCGUUCCAGCGUGAGGGAUCCAAGAUUCUAAGAAAUCUGAAUGAUCCUUUAGGGACAUUGCUGUCCUUGGCUACAUUCAUACGCAUACGCAAACUGUGGAAACCCAGAGAUAGCACGCAAAAGCAACCGCAAUGGCUGGCAAAUAUUUGUCAGAUCUUUGGCGCGAAGAGUUCCAACAAGACACUCGACUUGGUUAUUAUAUCAGCUGUGAUGACGUGUUCUACUUCGUCCAAUGGGUACACACCCGAGGAGCGUACUAUGCUAGUGAGACUAGCAAUAGAGAUCUGUCAUGAGAUUGACGAGGAUCUCAAAAAGACCUGGCUGAGUGCUAAUUCAUCAAAGCUAGCGAAGCUGUGCGAAAAACUAAAACGACCGGAUAUAGAUGCUGAGCUACAAGUGACGGGCUUGAUUUUACUCAUAACAUUUUCACAGUGGUUGGCUUUGCCACAAGAGGUCUACCAGUCAAUGCGAGGUCAACUUUUCGCCCAAACCACAUAUAAUAUAAUGCAUGCUAUACCAGAAACAGUGAGGGACAUACUCCUUGAGCGAUUAGCACUUCAUUGCGAAAAGGAAUAUCUAGAUUUCUGCUUGACGGGUAUUAACGGGUUACAACCGACUAACGCCGUUUUAUCCAAAAGCUUGACAAAUAUCAAAAUUGACCAGCUGCUUGUUUCGACAUUGAGAAAAUCUAAACAGGGUUCGAAUAUUCGCCGGUCCUUCGUGAAAACGCUGUCCGAAUCUCAGGUUAGUAUGGGAAUUUUACAUGAUUAUGCUCAAGAUUUCUCAACUCGCAAUGAGUCGUCUCACUGUAGUGGGUCGCACGUAUGCUGCACUGCUACAUUGUCGGGAACAGAUGAGCUUUUCCUCGAAUUGUUGAAUUGCAUUUACUCUUCAAUAACUACCGAUGGUGUAGAGAGUCGACAGAUAUCUUCUUGUUAUCAUGGACUUCUCGACUCCUUUUUGAAGCCUCUCAAAAAGAACGCAGCAACAUCCACCCCAUGUCUCUUUUCUCAACUGAAACAACCCGAGAGGAACUCGGUCUUCCCUCACAAACCGGGAAAACUGAGGGCAAUAGAGGAUAUUGACGGCACAAGUCAUGAAUGGAGGUCCAAGAUUGCCAAUCUCCUUAUGGAAAAUGCCAAAAAUUCACACGAAACAAUUAUCCAACAGAUGGAAGCGAUGUUACAAGAUUUUGAGAAUCGCUGCAGCAACGUUGAAGCCCCGCUAGCAGCUGCGGUUCGAGAACGUGAAGAACUCAAACAACAACUAGAGAGCACGAACCGGUUAAAUCAGCAGCUGGAAGAGCAAAUCAGACAGUCGGCCGAACUAGUGAGCUCUCUGAGAAAACAACUCGACGAAUCUGUUGCUCAGGUCAGGGACUAUUCGUUCCAAGUCGUACAUUUGACCGACCAAGUCGAUGCAUUACAGACAGAACUUGACACUGCCCGCAAGGAAGCGCAAGACGGGGUCGAGAUGGUACACUCAAAGGCGCGUAAUCGUGAAUUGGAUCUUAUGGCUACAGUUGCCGAGAGAGAUGACUUGCUGGAAGAGCAGCAGAUGGAGAUAGAUGCCAUGUCCAAGGAAAGAGCACAGCUCCAGGAGGCUAUUCAUAACAGCGAAGAACGUCAUCAAGUUGUCUCUCGCGAAUACAACGAUCUACGUCGGAAUAUAGAGCAACUGCAGAAAGAUGCUGCUCAAGAUUGUGACGUGCUUCGACAUGAAAUCACCAAAUUGCAGCAAGUCAUGGAGAUACGUGAAUCAACAAACGCCGAGAAGGAUAAUCGGAUUAUGACACUAGGCGAGACCAACAAAGAUCUCUAUAACGAGAAUCAGAUGCUAAAGGACAGGCUGGAGCAGGCACGGACAAAUUGCGAAAAAUCCAUGACAGCUCAUGAGGAUGCGCGUCAGAAAUUCAAGAGUUCUAUAGCGGAAAUGGUGACAAAAUGCAAUGAGCAGGUGGCUGAAGCUCAGAAAAAAGUAUUUUCUACUCUACGACACGAGAUGGCCAAUACUUCUGCCAAAGCUGAGAAAGAACUUCGCACCAAAGAAAAGAGAAUACAGUAUUUGGAGAAAAAGGUGGAAUCUCUUCGAAACGAACGCGCAGCGAAAGCUCGUGAGUUCAGCGAAGCUCAAGAACAUAUCAGUCGCUUGAUGAGCGUGAUGGGCUUCGACAACAGCAAAAAACGAGCAGCAGCAGGUCCGAAAGCCAAAGAAGGAGUUCGCAGAUCAACCCGUUUGAGUGUAUUACAGGCUCAAUCCUGUCCUCCUUCUCAAGUUGAUUUGACGACUAUGCAAUCACAAUACUCAAAUCCGGCUAUUCCUCCAAGUACAGAAUCGUUCUUUGGUCAAAACACGAGGACUACAACACGCAGGCACAGUCAGCGUUUAUCAGGAGCGACUAGUUUCGCCAACGAUGAUAUUACUUGCUACUUUUCUGGUCCGCAAAGAGGAUCGAUAGAAGGGGGGGGUAGACGACAACCGCUUGGUGAUCUUGACAGGAAUAAUCCUAGCAAAUCUCCGCAUUCAAGCAAUCCAAAGAAUUCUGGGCAUGAUAAACUUGGCCAGGAUACCCAGAUGGGAUCUCAGACACAUAUCAACAUUACAGAUUUGGGAGACUUGGACUUAAAUUUUGAUGACGAAGAACUUUUGACGAGUACUAUGGCACGAUGAGCAGUUGGAGUGAUGAUUGAUGACUACUCUGAAUGAUGAUACCCAAUGGUUUCCCCCAAAUUCUGCAUAGCGCUCAGAUUGAUUGGAUUGCUUCACCAAGAUACAAUAACACU